AUGCAAGCUGAGUAUAUAGGGUGUUAUGAAGCCACUAAACAAGCGGUGUGGGUGAGGAACUUCAUUGGAAAUAUUGUGAUUGUGGAUUCUAUAUCAAGGCCAUUAAAGAUCUUUUGGGAUAAUAAGGCUGCAGUAUUCUUCUCUAAGAACAACAAAAGAACAUCUGCCUCAAGGAUUAUGGAUGUAAAAUAUCUAGUUGUUAGAGACAGAGUGAAGAAUGAAGAAAUCAUCAUUGAACACAUUGAUUCUCAAUCCAUGAUUGCUGAUCCUUUGACUAAGGCAUUACCAGUGGGAGUUUUUAAGGAUCAUGUAACUCUAAUUGAAUCUUUUGAUCAGUGGGAGUAA